AUGUUGACAUUAUACGAUGAAUUAAGAAUUGAAAUAUUUAAACAUAUACCAACUCCUAUAAACCUUUUAGUUUCAAAUCGUAAAUGGCAUAAUAUCUCUCAAGACCCUCAUGCCCGAGUCGAAUGGUUAAUUUUUAAGUAUGGUAGAGCGCACGCAAUAUUUCACGCCGUGAGGCUUGGCAACGGCUUCAUAACAGAAAAGGUCAUACAUUUGCUCUUUAAAAAAGCGAUACUUUCUAGAUAUCUUAUGCAACGUUUAUUGAGGCAUUUCGGUAUUGACGAAAAGCUCAUUUCCCCUCAUUACCUGAAAUCCGUACAUCACGUAAUUCAAAUCGACUUGGAAAGAUAUCGUACCUAUCAUAAGAAAUUACCCUUGCCUUGGGGAAGUAAUAUAUCUUUAACGAAUCUCACCAACCUAAUUACUGAAGGAUUUAAAAUCUUAAACAAUCAAAAUAUUUUGGAUCAAGGGAAUGAUAUGGAGUACUUUCGAUAUUUAUUAGGCGAUUCUCGUUUUUAUCAACUUAUUCAACGUGGAUUCAUAUUAUCUCUUGAUGUUAUAGAAGAAAUAUUACAUUUUUUUGAACUUGGACAUAAAUUAAAGGCAUUCGGUGAUCUUUUAAUGGACUCUUUUCAAAACAUUCGUAAUGAAUCGAAAUCUGAUAUCGCAUUUUCAUGUCUUAUCCUUGCAAUGAGACCCGAGAGAAAUUCCAAGAAGAACGAAUUAUUAGUAUUUUUAAUUAAGAGAGUGGAUAAACAACCUGAAGAAACUCUAAAGGCGGCAUUGGAUUAUCAUAAAGCUGAAUUUAAGUUUGAUGCCGAAUCGAUCAGGACAACCAAAGAAAUCCGUUCCUUAGCAGUCAAUUCAAAUAUCUACAGUUGGAUACUUGAAACUUACGGUCCCGAUUCUGAGGUUACGCAGAAAUGCUUUGAUGACAUUGUUGAAUCCCGAAUUUGGAUCGAUUUAAAAUUACAAGAAAAUCCUGACAGAGAAAUUCCGGAGCAUCUUUCACCCCGAUCUUUUUAUUCUAUUUGUUCCAUUUACCAUGAAUUUUGUAAUCACAAAGUUCCGAUUAAAGCAAGUUACUUGCAAUACAUACAAUUGGCAAAAAGUUAUGAAAUCAUUCACCCAUUUUUUAAAAUAAGUUUGCCAAUUAUAUUUGGACUACAAUUGGAAGAAUUCUCUUUAAAAGUUUCAUAUGACUAUAACAAGCCAGAAAUUAUACUAAAUCCCAGAGCUCAAAAUAAUAGACAAUCCAAUGAAAUCAAUAAUAUUCCGCGAAAUCAUGCUGAAAGAAAAUAUUGGUUCAUUUUACUUGAAAAUAUAUAUCAUAACAUAUAUCAACCAAAUUAUGCUGAUAUUACCGAAAAUUUCAAGGAGAACCUGGAAUACUUUUGGAGAAGGAUUCAUGGACAUUACUAA